UAGGGGACAGGGAGACCACUAGGCGACUAGGGCAAAGAAAAGCUCCCAGUAUGAAAGGAAAAGUGGGAUUGGAGCAGUGACGUUAUCCGCUGGAAAGAGGGAGGGAGAAAGAGGGACGGCUGGACUCCAUUAACCGAAGCCUGCACGAACACAGUUUGGGAUACUCCACUUCUGCGACUUCUUGGAUUUUUUUUUCUCCAAUUUUGUUUUCCUCCCAAAACAUUUCUACAUGAUUUAAAAGGGGGGGAAACUUUAGCGUGAUUAACGUGACGUCGACUUGUUUUAGGGCUUUUUGAAGUGCUCCGGGUUGGUGCAUUUGUGAAGGAUGGCGCUGGACGGGAUCCGGAUGCCCGAUGGCUGCUACGCUGACGGGACGUGGGAACUGAAGAUGCAUGUCACUGACCUGCACAGGGAUGUGUCUCUGAGGGUCACAGGGGAGAUCCACAUCGGUGGGGUCAUGCUCAAGCUCGUGGAGAAACUUGAUGUGAAGAAGGACUGGUCGGACCAUGCUCUGUGGUGGGAGAAGAAGAAGACAUGGCUGCUGAAAACCCACUGGACUCUGGACAAGUACGGCAUCCAGGCCGACGCCAGGCUGCUCUUCACGCCGCAACACAAGCUCCUGCGCCUCCAGCUGCCCAACAUGAAGCACAUGAAGGUCAAGGUCAACUUCUCUGACCGUGUCUUCAAGGCCGUGUCUGACAUCUGCAAAACCUUCAAUAUCCGCCACCCAGAGGAGCUGUCUCUACUGCGUAAGCCCCGUGACCCCAAGAAGAAGAAGAAAAAGUUGGAGGAGGCAGAGGAGGAGGCUCUGGAGCUGGAGGGUCCUCUGUUAACCCCUGGAUCAGGGAGCAUCUACUCGAGUCCAGGCUUGUACAGUAAGACCAUGACCCCCACCUAUGACUCCAGGGAUGGUAGCCCCCUGUCGCCCACCUCUGCCUGGUUUGGGGACAGCCCCCUCUCCGAGGGCAACCCCAGCAUCCUCGCUGUCAGCCAGCCAAUCUCCUCACCAGAUAUCCUGGUCAAACUCUACAAGCCCCAGUCCCUUCUGGACAAAGCCAAAAUCAACCAGGGGUGGCUGGACUCAUCCAGGUCCCUGAUGGAGCAGGACGUGAAGGAGAAUGAGGUGCUCCUGCUGAGGUUUAAAUACCACAGUUUCUUUGACCUCAACCCUAAGUAUGAUGCCAUCCGGGUGAACCAGCUCUAUGAACAGGCCAAGUGGGCCAUUCUGCUGGAGGAAAUCGAGUGCACCGAGGAGGAAAUGAUGAUGUUUGCUGCCCUGCAGUACCACAUCAACAAGCUGUCAAUCAUGUCUUCAGACAACCACAUGAAUAACAGUGAGAAGGAGGUGGAUGAGGUGGAUGCAGCCCUGUCAGACCUGGAGAUUACCUUGGAGGGAGGAAAAACAUCCAACACACUGGGUGAUAUCACAUCUAUUCCUGAGCUAGCAGACUAUGUCAAAGUCUUCAAACCCAAGAAACUGACGCUGAAAGGCUAUAAGCAGUACUGGUGCACGUUCAAGGAUAUCACAAUUUCCUGUUACAAGAGCAAAGAGGAGGCACAUGGGACACCUGCUCACCAAAUGAAUCUUAGAGGCUGUGAGGUAACUCCAGAUGUCAACAUCUCUGGUCAGAAAUUCAACAUCAAGCUGCUAAUCCCUGUGGCUGACGGCAUGAAUGAGAUCUGGCUCCGGUGUGAUACAGAGAAACAGUACGCCCACUGGAUGGCGGCAUGCCGCUUGGCUUCCAAAGGGAAGACGAUGGCUGACAGCUCCUACAACUUGGAGGUCCAGAACAUUCUGUCCUUCCUUAAGAUGCAGCACAUGAACCCUGACCCCCAGUUCAUUGAGCCCAUCACCACUGAUAUCAACCCGGAGUGUCUGGUGUCACCACGCUAUCUGAAGAAGUACAAGAACAAGCAGCCAGGCUAUAUCAGGGACUUGAUUUCGGCCCGGAUCCUCGAGGCCCACCAGAACGUGGCCCAGAUGAGUCUCAUUGAAGCUAAGAUGCGCUUCAUCCAGGCAUGGCAGUCGCUGCCUGAGUUCGGAAUCACCCACUUCCUUGCAAAGUUCCAGGGUGGAAAACGGGAGGAGCUGAUUGGCAUCACUUACAACCGUCUGAUCCGGAUGGAUGCCAGCACUGGAGACGCCAUCAAGACCUGGCGCUUUAGCAACAUGAAGCAGUGGAAUGUCAACUGGGAGAUCAAGAUGGUGACAGUAGAGUUUGCAGACGAGCCCAGUCUGUCCUUCGUCUGCGCUGAGGUGGACUGCAAGGUGGUCCACGAGUUCAUCGGUGGCUACAUCUUCCUGUCCACGCGUGCCAAGGACCAGAACGAGUCUCUAGAUGAGGAGAUGUUCUAUAAGCUGACCAGCGGCUGGGUCUGAGCCUGGCCGAGCAGCCAGGGGUUAGCAGUUGUGGGCCAGGGGCCGGGGGCCAGGAGGGGCAUGGUUUGGGGGGGAUGGGUCUAGAUGUUAUGGGUUUAUUUUAUUCUACUAUUUCUUGGUCUUUUUAAUUGUUUGGAACUGUGCUGAAGAACCCAGCACAGCACCACUAUUGCCAUGGCUGACACCGUUUUUACUCUUGUAGGGUUUUUUUUUUUUUUGGUUUGUUUUGUUGUUUUUUGCAUUAACGCUGACAAAUUCAUUUUUAAAAACACUAAUAUUCUGCUGAAUGCAGCCCAGAUGAACUCUGAAUGUCAGCCCCUGUGGCCCCUAUAUAUUGAGCAGAGGCCUGAACACAAACUUAAGCAGGACGUUUGUUUGGUUUUCCUAUAACCCCUCUCCAGCAGUCCCGCCUCCCCUCCUCCUGGAGUGACGGUCACCAACGUACGUCCAUGACAACCCAUUAAAACCUGUCAAACGCCAGGAGUCCUUUCAAUCCCAAAGACCUCUCUUCCUCUCUUUAUUUCUCUUCCUCUCGCUGUAUCUCUUUCUUUCUCUCUCUUUCUAUGAACUGGACUGAAGGAGCUAAUGACAUCGAUCUGUCAGCCAACCAGCUAGAAUAUAUCAUGAUGAUAGUGCCACAGAUACCCGCAGUUAUAUCUAAUUAUUUAUCCUAAAAUACACAUAAAACACAGUUAAUUCAAAGGGGUAUCUGUAAGCAGCGGUGGUCAGUGAUUGUAGCACAUUAUGUCCAUCCUAUCCACUCUAUGAAGGAUUUUCACUUUUUUUAAUCCCUUUUUAAGUCACGUGCAAGCACUUCUACAGUACAGUCCUAAUGAAUAAGCUGUAGUUAAUUUUCCUUUAGCUUUUGUUUUCUAAUGUCUUUGUUUGCUUUGUCGUAUCAGAGCUUGUCCACAGUGGUAGUGAAUGGUGUCUCCUCUUUGUCGAGUCUCUCCGUUGUAUUCUCAAUACCUGUGCUGGCAGGUGUGACACUGAGACUCUGAACCGAAUCGUGUUUUGUUUUGAACAGACUGUUGGAAGUUACCGUGUUGUCUGAAAACACACUACAGUCCAGUGCACUGGGAUGAGCGUCCUGUGGUUUCGAAAAUCGGAAUGGUUAACCUAAAAGACCUUACUGGAAAAAAAUCCAUCUUAACCAGUCAUUUAGUUUCAUAGUCACUCUUGGUGAGAUAAUUUGACUCGUUGCUGUUGCACUGGAAGCAUGUGGCAAAUAUUGAAAUAAGGCACAUUCCACUGGUGUCAAGAUAAUAUUGCUUGAUUGAAGGAAAAUUCUGAAGCAAGUUGAUUUAAAUAAGAAACGUCUCACUCCAUUGGCAUAUUUUGUUAGCUUGAAUUAUUUUAAUGAACUGACUCAACUCAAGGAAUAGCAUGUUCAGAUGUGCUUGUCCAUUAAUGGUUAUCUUUUCCUAGCUCUGACUACAGAUAGAUGUUUCAUCUUCUGGUACUAAAUGUUCCAAGUAUCAAGCCGAGAAUGCAGGUUUAAACUUGGCUAUCAAGUAACAUCCAGUGCCAACAUGGAGUAAUGUUGCCAAACACGUCUCUUUAUGGCUGAUUGUUCUGACCACGUAAGAUUGCAAAAUACCAACAGCAUGUUUGGAAGUGCAUUCAGAGAUUUGAAACCCCUGGCAUCUCUCUGCUUUGUGCCUGUGCACUACAUUACAGGAGGGAUACUAUCAUUAUUCCCUUGUGCUGCCUUCUCCAUUACUUUAUGGCCAUUUUUUUUCUUACACCAUAUAGUAUUAUUAUCGUUUUUAUCAUUACACACCAGCAAUAGGUCACCAAGUUUGAAGAAUGAAUAUGCAAAGUCUUUUUUUUUGUCCUCAGUAUGAAGGAUCAGUAAAUGAAGUAUUAGGUUUUUUGUAACUAAUGUAAAAACACAGGUUUUAUAGAAUUGUACAGUUGUUCUUUUGUUGCUGCUUUUUGGGGGGUGGAAGUGUAUUUUUCCAGAAACGAGGGGGGAAAGCCAUCUGUCAACAUGUGGAGUAUCCAGAUUUGUGCCUGCCAAUGUUAUGGUCUUACUGAGUUUUCAGAUGAAGAUAUAUAUGAAUAUAUAUGAAGAUAACACUAGUCUCAAACUCCAGGUUUUUAGGAUUUGAUCAUGAUUCUUUUCCUCACAUAUCAUUUUUCUAAAGUAUGCGUAAGUACACUUUGUCAUUGUGCUUUAUUUUUUUUUUCUUUCCUCUACUUCAAGUGUUAUUCAUUUUCUGUUGCCUCUUCUAGCGGUUGUGGUGAGUUGCUUUACCAGCUCCCUCUUUGAACUACCAACGAUACCACACAUGGAUUUUCUGCAUUUGUUCGGUGCCUUUUUUCAAAUGUAUCACUUAACAUUCUGCUUUAACACAGCUCGUGUGUGUCAUGUAUUAAUAUCAAUAUGAAGGAGGCCCAUUUAGUUUUGACCCUGGAGUUUGAGACAAAUCAGCAAAAAUGAACAGAAGUAAGAGAAAAACAAGCGUAGCCUAUGUUUUUUUUUUCCUCUGAUGUUGUUAUUUUUUGUUUGCCUCCAGUGUCCAGAGCAGCAGUGCAUGGCCUGCUGUUUUCAGACUGUAAAAAUGCAUUUAUUUUAAAGAAUAAAAGUAAUUUUUAUUUAAGCUAA